AUGUGGCGUGCUGAGCAAUGCAAGAUCAACCCGCUACGAACUGCUGCCGAUUGGGAACUUAAAUUCUUAGUACCAUGGCGCCUCCAUAGCCGUUGGAUCAUCUUUUAAGGCCACAUGCAUGUUGAGCGCUGUUGGAUUUACAAACUAUUGAUAGAUCGCUUUACACAUCUAGUAUCAUGGUGGUUCACCGACGUGACUUAGUCGUUGUAUAGUAAGUCACACAAAUUUAAAAUUUAUAAAACUAAAAAAAUAUGAAUUUUUAGAUAUUUAAAAGUAUUUCUGAAAAAAUAUAUCAAUUAUAAUUCAAUAAAACUUCCAAAAAUAGUGGUAAUUUUCCAAGUUGAUCACAGGGAUGUAAUAUAAUACUCGGUAAUUAUUCAGAAUUUUCCUCAAAGAAUACUAUUUUCUACAAAUUUUAUACUAAGAAAUGAAAAGGAAAUAUAUUUAAAAUUAACAAAAAAGUGAAAUAAGGGUGUGGACGUCAUGAUGACGUUAGUGCCUGGCGAACGCGAGUCGAGCGAAAAUAGAGUUCCACCCGGCGAUUCUUAUGUAAGCAAUUACAAACAAUUUAAUUGAUCAAAUUAAGAUCUAUAAAAGUCGGAAGAAUCGUAAUUGAAUGAAGUAUAUCUUGGUAAAUUUAAAUCACACAAAUUAUCACUAAAUGAAGCAAAAAGUAAGUUGAAAGUAAGAAAACAAAGUUCCGGCGUCACGGCGGCGAUGCAUCGGAAUCCUGAGCAUUCGGGAGGAUAGUCAUGCAGUGUUCACAGCCUCAAAGGCUCUCUUUGGAGAAGGACGACGUAGGCAAUCUCUAGAUCUUCUUGCGAAGUCUAGAGAUCAAUGAAAUGGGUUGUCAAAUCAUCUCCGGCGGCUGUCACUUGGCAGAGCGAAAAAACGGUGACUUUGCGGCUCUCUAGUGGCUGUCACCCGACGGAGAGGAGCUAGAUGGGGGUGGGGCGCGUGUCACGGAGCUUCAUCCUCAAGUCCGUGCAGUAAGAGGAGGCUCUUCAUCGCAUCCGGUAUGCUCUCAAGAGGCGGUGACUCAUCUCUUGGCGGAUCGUCCUCUUCCCAACGACGGCUUGUUCGUCGAUCAAUCGGAGAUGCUUUACCCGAUGGAUUCGCGAUCCUUUUACCACGAAUCGUUCAGCAAUUUUAGUAACAAUGCUCCGCGAAUCACGUUGACAAGAUUUUCGCCAAUGAUCCAGCGAUUCUGGUUGCUUAAUCCUUCAUCGGCGAUCUGUAGGAAAGUCGCGAUAAUCAGAUAAAAAAUAUGAGUUUUGGCUUUGGGAGGAUUCGAACCCAUGCCGGUUGCCCACCCUUUUUGGGGAAGGUGACGCGGGUUUAGUCCCACAUUGCUUGUGCGCCAGAUUUUCUAGCGAAUAUAUAGUAAUGUUACAUUCAAAAGCAAGUCCCUUUCUCGCGCAUGUACGACCACUCCUUGCCCCAUAGCCGACUGGCCACCGGUGAUGUGGAAGGGGGGUGGUGCACACGUGCCCCUAUCGGUCCAAGCCACUCGAGCCCUUGCUCACGACUACUUCCCGACUACACUUCCGGGCCUGGCUGACUAGUGGAUCCCCCCCAUUUUGUUUUAUUUCUUUUUCUUCAUUUAUCUCAAAAGUAAGAUUGUAAAAAUCCUAUAAAUUUGAAUAAAAUCAUAUAAUUACCCAAAAAUUCACGUUAAUCAACUAAAAACCACUUUUCAUACUUUAACACAAAUAUAAGUCUAUUUAUCAUGAGUUAAGGCUAAAACUAUAUUAUUUACUAAUUAUUAACUUAUGAUAAUGAAGACUUAUCACACCCCCCAACUUAAAUCAUUGGUAGUCCCUUAGCAAUGAAAUUACGAAAAUAAAAAUUUAUAAAUCUCAAACAUCAUAUUUCAAUACAGAAAAAAAUACAAUUAGAAAUAAUGCACCUUUAGACACUUUGGAUCCUUAUAUCAAGUAUUUAAGAAUGAUGUCAAGCACUUAAAUAUUUAAGCACUCCUUGGAAUAACAAUCUAGACUUCACUUUUUCUAUUCACAUCUUUAUCACUUCUUCACUCAUAGAUAUAUUUACAAGAUGUUUCAAUUAUCAAUACUCAUCCAAGAAUAAUAUUGAUCCUACAUUUCCUUUUUUCCAUGGCUUGAUUUUUGAAGUUCACACUAUAUUUCUUCCUUCUUUUUUCUAUUUUUAUAUAUAGUGGAUAAGUAGCUUUUCCUGUAGACAAAUUUUGACAAUAAGAAUAAUGUCUCACACCCUCCAUGAUGUGUACUCUUCAUUUUCAGGGCUUUCACUCUAUCCACUUAUUUUGCAGCAAGUGUUUUUCUAUGCACGAUUUUCGACAAUGAGAAUGAUGUCUCACACCCUCUAUGUGUACUCUUCGUUUCUAGAUUUUUCACAUUGCUCUCUCUCUUUUUUUUUUGAAAUAAGUGAUUUCUCCUCACAAGUCCUAUAGAUUAGGGUGCAAAAAUCUCCAUUAAACUCAAAUGAUCAAUCAAAUUUUCACAUCAAGUAAAUACUAUCCAUCAAGAUCAUGAAGUGAAAAUCUAUAAAAUCAAAUUCAUGUUAUCUGUCAUGUAUCCAAGGAGUAUUCCAACACUUCAUGCUACUAGAUCAUUCUUUUGACUCAAUAAUAAUCUUCCUUGUAUCUUUUGGUAUCAAUCAAUCUAAUUGAUUUGAUUUUUCAUGCAUGCAAUAUGAUGUAAGAAAUUUGUAAAUUAGAUAGUUCUGACAGUUCUAUUUUCUGUUUUCAGUUCUAUUUUUAGCAAUAAUAAAUUUGUCAAAAAUAAAUCAAAACUAUCCUCUUUAUAGCUGUAAUUUCGAAUUUUAGUAAUAUAUGUCUAGGGCAUUGAAAUGUGAGAAAAGGUUCUCUAGAAUUUCAAAUUUCCGGCUAUUUUUUGUCUGCUAUUUUUGACAGUCUGUUGUUCCUAACAGAAAACCAGAAAAUAGAUGUUGCAGUUUUUUUGAAUUUUAUUUUAUUUUUAUUUUUUUAGUUGCUGUUCUAAGUGAGCAUGAAAAAAAAAUGCAAACACAUGUUCUUAAUCGUCCUACAGCAUAAAUUAAUAAUUAAUACUUCACCCCCCAACUUAAAAAAUGACAUUGUCCUCAAUGACAUAGAAAAAUCGAAAUAGAAUAUGUAGAAAAUAUAAUUUUCAAGUGAAGCAUGCAUAUGUGCAAAGUUAAGCAUUAAAAAUAUUGUCAUAAAUGAUAAAGCUCAGAAAGACAUCACCUCAACCUCGUUUUUAAUUUUCCACUUUAUCUUAUAGAUAUGUAGAAACAAGUACUGCGAAAUUCUAAGAAAAACAAAGCUUAAAAAAAAUCGAAUAGAAUGAAAUAAAAACCAUGGGUUGCCUCUCAUGUAGCGCUGAAUUUAACGUCUUCAGCUGGACAGCUCUUAGAUCAUAUAAGAUGAUCUAUGGCCAUCAAAAUAUAUUUGUAUCCCAAGGUAAGUUUCAUGAUAUUCUUUUUCAGAUUUAGCAUAAAUUCAUAUACUUCAUAUAUAUACCUUGACAUACUUUCACCCAAAACAAAAUGGAAAUUAACAAAAUUUUCCCAAAAAUAAUAUUUCCAUUUUGAAAAGAAUCUUUCCUCAUUUCUAUCUUGUUUUGUAAGGCUCUCAUUCAUUAAUAAAUACUUUCUAUUAAUAGACCAUAAAAUGUGAUCAAGCCAUAUAAUUUUCAUAUUAGCUCUUACCCAAUCUAGAAUUUUUUCAUCUAAAUUGAUAUCUCUAAUUCUUCCAUUCACCCAUUUCUUAAUGUGUUCUUUUAUCUGCAUAAUCUUUCCCUGCUCCAUUUUAUCUUCCAUACAUAUUUAUUCAAUUUGCGAGUGAAAUAUUUCAAGCUUAGAAAUAAUUCUAAUGGGCUGUGGGUUUUGAAGGAUGGAAGGAUUCUCUUCUUUAAUUUCAGACCUAAUGAAUUCAGUAAAAUUCAAAUUUUGUCUUGCAAAAUUAUCUCUAUAUUCAUAUUCAUUAUUUUUGUUUCUCCCCAUUAGUUGAAUCAACUCUUUUUCUAGCUUUUCGUUUCUCAACUCAUCAAAUUCUUCAUCUUCCCAAGAGCUAUCUUCUAAUUUUGGUAUAUGAUAUACAUCAUCAUCCUCACUAUUAACAUCCAUGGCUACAAAAUUAUGAUUAGAUUUAUUAAUUUCGUCUCCUACAUCUCCCAAAUCAAUUGAUUUUUCCUCACCUUAAAUAUAUUUUUCUUCAUUUCUGUCUUUACUCCUUUCUACUAAAAUUUGGAUGAUUCUUCCAUGAUCAGCUGUUGUUUCUUCAUCUAAGAGCUCUUUCCCCUCAUCAUCCUCACUAUAUUCAUUCAUCAAUUGUGAGCAAUAAAGGAUUUUAUUCAAAUUUUCUACUACUAUAUUUUCGGCCUUAAUAUUCUCAUUUACUUCUAAUGGCUCAUCAAUUUCUUCUAAUAAUUGGAAAUAAGGAUUAGGUAAAAUAUUCUCACUCAAUGUAUUCACUGUCCUAAUAUUUUCAUUUCGUAAGUUUUUUUCUAAAUUUAUCCAGCUAGACUCUCCUUACUGAAACCCUACUAUUAAACAGUUUUCUGAAUUUUCUAUGGGCUGACUAGGUGGCUGUCCCUCUUCUCUCCUAUUCUCAAAAACCUCUAUAAUUUGUUUUUGGUGCAACACCAUUUGUUUCGUAGUUUGUUGCAUCAUUUAGCUCAUUUGUUGUAUCAUUUCCAUAACAUUAGGUUGGAUUUGAGAGGGCUGAUUUUUCUAAAAUUUGUGUUCCUAUUUUGGAUGAAAUUGAAAAUUUGAAUUAGUUCUAAGUGCUUCUAAAUUUUGAAUAUUAUUCGGGUUUCUCCACAAAAAAUUAUUCUCCCAAUUAGGAUUAUAAGAAUUAGAAAAAUAUUCUCUAUUUUUACUAAAAUUGUGGGGUACUGACGUGACUCAGUCUUUGUAUAUUAAAUCACGCAAAUAUAAAAUUUAUAAAACUAGAAAAUACGAAUUUUCAGAUAUUUAGAAGUAUUUCUAAAUAAAUAUAGCAAUUAUAAUUCAAUAAAACUUCCAAAAAUAGCGGUAAUUUUCUAGGUUGAUCACAGGGAUGUAAUAUAUCUGGUAAUUAUUCAGAAUUUUUCUCAAUGAAUAUGAUUUUCUAUGAAUUUUAUACUAGGAAAUAAAAAGGAAAUAUAUUUAAAAUUCACGAAAAAGGGAAAUAAGGGCGCGGGCGUCAGGAUGACGUCAGCGGAAUCAGACGGAAACAGAGUUCCGCCCAACGAUUCUUACGUAAGCGAUUACAGACGGUUUAAUUAAUCAAAUUAAGAGUUGUAAAAGCCGGAAGAAUCGUAAUAGAACAAAGUAUAUUUUGGUAAAUUAAAAUCACAAAGAAAUAUCACUAAAUGAAGUGUAAAGUAAGUUUAAAGCAGGAAAACAGAGUUCCGGCGUCGCGACGGCGAUGCGUCGGCAAUGCACCGGAAUCUUGAGCAUUCGGGAGGAUCGUUGUGCAGUGUCCACGGCCUCGAAGGCUCUCCUUGGACAAAGACGACGUGGGCAAUCUCUAGAUCUUCUCGCGAAGUCUAGAGAUCAAUGAAAUGGGUCGCUGAGUCGUCUCUGGCGGCUGUCACCCGGCGGAGCAGAAAAACGGCGACUUUGCGGCUCUCCGGCGGCUGUCACCCAACGGAGAGGAGCUGGAUGGAGGUGGGGCGCGCGUCAGGGAGCUUCAUCCUCAGGUCCGCGCAGCAAGAGGAGGCUCUUCAUCGCAUCCGGUACGCUCUCAAGAGGUGGCGACUCAUCUCCCGGCGGAUCAUCCUCUUCCCGACGACGGCUUGUUCGUCGAUCAAUCGGAGAUGAUUUACUCGAUGGAUUCGCGAUCCUUUUAUCGCGAAUCGUUCAGCAAUUUUAUUAGCAAUGCUCCGCGAAUCGCGUUGACGAGAUUUUCGUCGAUGAUCUAGCGAUUCUGGUUGCUUAAUCCUUCAUCAGCGAUCUGCAAGAAAGUCGCGAUAAUCAGAUAAAAAUAUAUGAAUUUUGACUCUGGGAGGAUUCGAACCCGCGCCGGUUGUCCGCCCCCUUCUGAGGAAGGUGUGACGCGGGUUUAGUCCCACAUCGGUUAUGUGCCAAUUUUUCAGGCGAAUAUAUAGUAAUGUUAGCUUUCUAAGCAAAGUCCCUUCUCUCGCGUGUACGACCACUCCUUGCCCCACAGUCGGCUGGCCACCGGUGACGUGGAAGGGGAGUGGCGCACACGUGCCCCUAUCGGUCCAAGCCGCUCGAGCCCUUGCUCGUGGCUACUCCUCGACUGAGCUUCCGACCCACUUGCGGGCCCGGCUGGCCGGCGGGUCCCCCCCUCAUUUUGUCUUAUUUUUAUUUCUUUUUCUUCAUUUAUCUCAAAAGUAAGAUUGUAAAAAUCAUAUAAAUUCGUAUAAAAUCAAAUAAUUACCCAAAAAUCACAUUAAUCAACUGAAAACCACUUUUCACACUUUAACAUAAAUAUAAGUCUAUUUAUCAUGAGUUAAGGCUAAAACUAUAUUCUUUACUAAUUAUUAACUCAUGAUAAUGAUGACUUAUCAGGUACCUACAAUUGUUCUUGCCUAGGAUGAUAUUGAAAUUCAAAAUAAUCAUUUUCACCAUACAUAGAACAUGUACAUAGAACAGUUGUUCUUGCCUAGGAUGAAUUAAAUUGAGGAUUAAGAGACUUUCUAAUAUUGUCAAUAAGUAAAUCAAGUUUUUCUAAUCUUUGAUUAAUCUGAUUAACCUCAUUUCUAAAUUUAGAAUCAUCAUCAUGAUGUAAUUCAUAAAUUCCUCUCUUCUUAUCUCUGUCAUAUAAUUGAAAAGAGGCUUGAUCUCUAGAAUUUCACAUAAAUUCUCAUAAAGACUGUAAAUCUCAUUAGAAGUUUUCUCCAUAAAAGCUCCUCCACAUAUAGAAUCAAUCAUAUUUCUAUGUUAUUCUAAUAAUUCAUCAUAAAAAAAUUUCUUGAGCUGCCACUUGGGUAUAG